AUGGAUCAAGAGAGGAUAACGACCUCGUUAGACAGCGACCCCUGGAUUUACCGUGAUCAGGAUGAUGCAGUGUUGAUCCAACAUGAGAGACCAGACCCUCCUGAACCUGGACCUGAACCUGAACCUGAACCUGGACCUGAACCCAGCUUUGUGUCCAUGAAAAGUGACUGGUCUAUGCAAAGACAUAUUGUUUUCAAAGAUGGACACCAGUCCAUUGACAAAGGGAUCCAACAUGAGAGACCAGACUCUUCUAGUCCUGGACCUGAACCCAGCUGUGUGUCCAUCAGAAGUGACUGGUCGAUGGAGAGACCUAUUGAUUUCAAAGGUGGACACCAGUCAACUGACAAAAGAUUUCAUCAGCUUCCCAGUGGUCAGUCUGCCCAGCAGCAUCAAACAAACCUGGACUUCAUAUUUAUGCUGCUGGAGGAGAACAUUGUCAGUUUUGUGAAGAACGAGCUGAAGAAGAUCCAGAAGGUUCUGGGUCCAGAUUACCCAGAAUGCUCUAAUAGUCAGAGGGAGGAUGAGGAGGUGUUAGAUGGUGAGUAUGAAGAACAGAGGAGGAGCAGCAGAGAGGCAUUUCUGAAGAUCACACUGAACUUCCUGAGGAGGAUGAAGCAGGAGGAGCUGGCUGACUGUCUGCAGAGCAGGACUGUUGCUGCAGUGUGCCGACGCAAACUCAAGUCUAACCUGCAGAAGAAGUUCCAGUGUGUGUUUGAGGGGAUCGCUAAAGCAGGAAACCCAACCCUUCUGAAUCAGAUCUACACAGAGCUCUACAUCACAGAGGGAGGGACUGCAGAGGUCAAUGAUGAACAUGAGGUCAGACAGAUUGAAACAGCAUCCAGGAAACCAGACAGACCAGAAACAACCAUCAGACCCUCAGUGUACUCAGGAGUGUUCACACAGAUCUUUAAAGAGGAGAGAGGACUGUACCAGGACAAGGUGUUCUGCUUCGUCCAUCUGACUGUUCAGGAGUUUCUGGCUGCUCUUCAUGUCCAUCUGACCUUCAUCAACUCUGGAGUCAACCUGAUGGCAGAAGAACCAACAGGCACCACUCGGCUGCCUAAAGUCUUCAGAGACAAACCUACACUAACACAUCUCCACCAGAGUGCUGUGGACAAGGCCUUACAGAGUCCAAAUGGACACCUGGACUUGUUCCUCCGCUUCCUCCUGGGUCUGUCACUGCAGAGAAAUCAGAGACACCUACGAGGUCUGCUGACACAGACAAAAAGUAGCUCAGAGACCAAUCAGGAAACAGUCCAGUACGUCAAGAAGAAGAUCAACCAGGAUCUGUCUCCAGACAGAAGCAUCAACCUGUUCCACUGUCUGAAUGAACUGAAUGAUCGUUCUCUAGUGGAGGAGAUCCAACAGUACCUGAGUUCAGGAAGUCUCUCCACAGAUAAACUGUCUCCUGCUCAGUGGUCAGCUCUGGUCUUCAUCUUACUGUCAUCAGAAGAAGAUCUGGACGUGUUUGACCUGAAGAAAUACUCUGCUUCAGAGGAGGCUCUAAUGAGACUGCUGCCAGUGGUCAAAGCCUCCAACAAAACUCUGCUGAGUGGCUGUAACCUCUCGGAGAGAAGCUGUGAAGCUCUGUCCUCACUUCUCAGCUCCCAGUCCUCCAGUCUGAGAGACCUGGACCUGAGUAACAACGACCUGCAGGAUUCAGGAGUGAAGCUGCUGUGUAGUGGACUGAAGAGUCCACAUUGUAGACUGGAAACCCUCAGUCUGUCAGGAUGUCUGGUCACAGAGGAAGGCUGUGUUGCUCUGGCCUCAGCUCUGAGCUCCAACCCCUCCCAUCUGAGAGAGCUGGACCUGAGCUACAAUCAUCCAGGAGACUCAGGGGUGAAGCUUCUCUCUGCGGGACUAAAGGAUCCAAAAUGGAGGUUGGACACUCUCAGGGUGGAUCAUGAUGGACAGCAGUGGUUAAAACCUGGUCUGAGGAAGUAUUUCUGUGAACUCACACUGGACACAGACACGACACACAGAAACCUCAAACUGUCUGACAACAACACGAGGGUGACAGUAGUGAGAGGAGAUGAUGAUCGGCCAAAGAGAUUUGAGUACUGGACUCAGCUGCUGUGUAGAAAUGGACUGACUGGUCGCUGUUACUGGGAGGUGGAGUGGAGAGGAAGAGUUCGUGUAGCGGUGACUCACAGAGGAAUCAGAAGGAGCAGAGACAGUAAUGACAGCUGGAACGAUGAGUGUUGGAGUCUGGAUUGUUCUGGUGCUGGUUACACAGUCUGGCACAAUGACAGAGAAAUAUUCCUCUCUCCCUUCUUCUCCUCCUCCUCCUCCUCCUCUGUCUCUCACAGAGUAGCAGUGUAUGUGGACUGUCCUGUCGGCACUCUGUCCUUCUUCAGAGUCUCCUCUGACUCAUUGAUCCACCUCCACACCUUCAACACCACCUUCACUGAGCCUCUUUAUCCUGGGUUCAGGUUCUGGUCAUACGAGUCCUCAGUGUCUCUGUGCUCUCUGUAGGAGAGAGACGACUUACAGUCCUCAACCCAGUUGCCAGAAAAACAUGGAUGGAUAGAAGGCUCGCCUCAGGUCUGGUGCUUGGUCCUGAUUGGUGGAGUCAGAAGGUUGGCGUCACAGGAGUGGAGGCUGCAGGAAGGAGUGUGGUGGUGGAGCAGGUCGGUGAGGUAGGAGGGGGCGUGAUUAUGGAGGGCUUCAUAGGUGAGAAGAAGGACUUUGAAUUGGAUGUGCUGUGUGAGUUUGAAUGGUUCCAUAAAGAUGUUGUUACAGUCGUCAGCUCUGGAUGUGAUGAUGGUGUGGAUGAAAGUGGCAGAAGCAGUGGGCGGAGAGUGAUGGGCGGAGACCAGCUGUGUUUAUUAGGUGGAAGAAAGCGGUACUGGUGAUGUGAUGGGGAGGUGCAGGGUACGCACAGCAGCAGCAUGAACGGACUGCAGGCAGAAAAGGAACCAUAUUUAAAUGAGGAGCAGUGAGAUGAUAGGCUGACGGAGAAGGUGUGUCGCUGUGCUAUUGGCUGAUUGUGGAUCAGCUGUAGAAGAACAGCUGAUGACUCGACUGACCACCCAAACACUGACAGCCAGAGAUGGAGCGUGAGCAGGUGUGUUAGGAGUGAAUGGGUGAGGAUGAAAGUUACAGAAAGAAUCGUCUUCCUGACUGAACUUUCACUCGAGCUCCAUUAUGUCGAGGACACUCUGAAAUUUUACGUUUCAUCAACACUGCUGUUUCCUGCUGGAAACACAGCGAUGUCUCAGAACAAUCUGCUCUCAUGUCUCGAUCCUGGCAGAAAUAAACAGCAACAGGUUAUUAUAAAGCUCAUUUAGGACUUUACACUUACGACUUCAUCAUGCACACAACUACAUUUCUUAUAUUUUAUUCUGUUGUUGUUUAUUCUAUUGAUGUAUAUAUGGCAGUUAAAUUUCACACUUACAGGCUCAGCACACAUAUAUAUUUUAUUUUUAAUACUUUUAUAUCUUGAGUACUAGUGUUACACACUGUGGCAUAAUGCACAUGCUAUUUUAUUUAUUUUAAUGCUUUAUAUUUACUUACUUUUAUUUCAUACUCUUGUUCUUCUUAUAAUUCUCUGUUCUUUGAAAAGAUCUCCUCGGGGCUGAACAUGAAAUUUACUAUAAAAAGAGUUUCCUUGUGUCGGGGUCGUAGCUGCUGAUGUAAUCGUGGUUAUCACGUAGUUAUCAAAGGCAAAUAAAGACAAGUUCAUGUUCACUUCAGUUCAACUUAUAUAUUUAUUUAAUAUUAACAUCAUACAUGUUUUUGCAAAUGUAAAUUCAGUUAAAAAAUGCAAUAUGUUAAAACAGUGUGUUUGAGAGGUGGAACUCACUGUUAGACCUCCUCUGAGCAAACUGUCACAAAACUAUUGAUGACUGAUUGACAAAAUGAAGCAAAUUAAU